CUUCUUGAUUGAUUCUUAGCAAAGUCCUUUCCUCAGACCCAGGAGCUCUCAUCGCAAGUACUGCAGCCUUUGUUUUGGUGCCUUUCUACUGAUCCAAGCCGGUGGUGCUUUGGUGGCCAUGACCUCACUGUCCAUCUUCUGCGGUUGCUUUGUGCUAGGCGAAGGCUACUGCAGCGUUCCGUGGGUUUGGCACGCGGGGCUAGUGGGCAUUUUGGCAGGGAUCUGCGUGUGGGUUUGCCACAUCUUGGCGAGUUUCUUGGCCAUUGGCUCACUUUUCAAGUCCUUGCUGGACCUCCACCGUGUCUUGCAACGUGCGGUCAAGUUGGCCGACACCCCUACAGCCGCAAAGACGUGCUUAAAACGAGCUCGACGCUUUGCUGCUUCUCAGCUACUGGGUGUCUCCUUUAGCAUGUUACUGACGACGCUCGUCGUCCCCUUCGCGGGGUUUCAAUCUUCGCCCUACGCGGAUCACAGCUACAGCAUCUACAGUGCCGACACCAUUCACAUCAUCGUGUCGCUGGGUGUUCUCGUUCAAGUCUUCGAUGCGCUGGGCAACGCCGCUGCAGUGAAGGAGCUGGAUGAGGCAUUCAGCGCAGUCGGCACCAGCAUGGGCACCUGCUUGGAAAGGGAUGUCGUGCGGCGCGCUAUCAUCCCUCUGACCCGUGCCGAAGAGACGGCCUACUCAGUCAGCACCUUGAACCGUGCAGGCGCCAGGCGAGCAGAGGUGAUGGUCACACACAACUGGGGAAAUAACUUCAACGACCUCUUAGCUGCUGUGAUUUCGGACAACCUGCAGGAAUGCAGCUUUAGGAUGGCUGGACAGCUGCUCCGUGAGGAUAGCCAUUUACUGCGUGAGAUUUUGACGAAGACUGGGCGUUUGAAUGUGAGCUAUUGGAUUUGUGCUUUUGCCGUGAACCAGCACAUGAGCAUUUGCCACAGCAACCCGUAUGAUCGAGAUCCCUUGACCAACGAGCUGCAUCCUGUGUGUCGAUGUUCUUGUGUUAAUCUUGUGGAUUCCGAUGGCCGCAGCACUGACUCUGAGAUCAAUAAGUUUGAUGAUAUGAUGUAUCACCUGGCAAGUACUGGAAGCUGCAGGCAAGUGAUCGCAGUCGACCAAUCGUUUGAUCUCUUUCAACGCGCUUGGUGUGUGGCGGAGAUUGCUGAAGCCAAGCGAUUGCACAUGCGACAGUCCUUGAAGUUGUUGUCCAAGGCCGCCAUUGAGCAGCGUGCGCAGAGCUUGGGGAGGCUGGAUAUCCGGAACAUGGGAGCAUCCUCCGAGAAGGACAAGGAGCUCAUUCUUGGGAAGAUUGGGAGCAUUGACCACUUCAAUGCUGAGCUCCAGUCAUUGAUUUUUGAUCCCAAGUCAGGACUCUUCGCAUCCUGGAGUGCCAUGGACAGUGUGCAGCAAAUGAGCGAAGUGGGUCGCCUCAUUCGAUGGGGUAUGGCAGACGGAAAUGCUAUUCAGCUGCCUUGCCCACAAGUGGCGAGAGCACAGGCAGCCUACGGAUUUCUGGGCAAAGCCCAGCGCCAGGAGUUGGUGGAGAAGGCCCUUCAGGAGUCCAACGUGAAGGACUAUCGUUCAGCCCUGGAAGAUGUCUACUUGGAGCGCGAUCGCGCCCGCGCGCGGCUGAAGUCGCGGGGCGAGAAGGAUCCUGGGCCCAUCUUCAUGACUCCCGGCUGUCAGAAGACUCUACGGCGUUUGGAGGCUGAGGGCCACAACCUUUUGACCCGUGCGCGGCGUCAAUCCAAGGAGAAGCUCACCUGGGUCAUCGGCUUGGCAUCGUUGGGUCCGGGCGACGGCACCGCAGCCUUUGAAGUGCCUCCGGGCGCGGCCAGAUAUUGGGACACCAUGGAGUGGAGCAAGGAGUUCACGCGCUCUGCACGACCUUGGGAUUUGGCCUCGCCCAUACUAGAUCCAUUGCUGGAAACCCUGGAAGACGCACGGAUUUGCGGCGCCGACACCUCCUUGCGGCGCAGGGCUGAAGCCUUGCUGUUCAUGACGGUGAUCCGCGGGAUCGAGGUGCUGCAGGGUAGCUAUUUGGCUCAGAAUGCAGUGCAGACACCGGAAAGGAACUUUAGCAGGUUGCUUCUACCAGCCUUAUGCCUGAGCUUGAUGCUCGCAUAUUUGGCCAGACCUGCAGUGAUGGAGGAGCUUCCAGCCGGCUUUCACAAACACUUAGUGAGCUAUUUGGCCGUUUGGAUGUGUUGCGUGGCGGCCGACUGGCUCCAAGGGCCCUAUUUGUAUGCCCUCUAUGCCGCCUAUGGCUAUUCCGAGUCUGCCAUCAUGGCCCUCUUUGUCGGUGGUUAUGGUGCAUCAGGCAUUUGUAGCUGUGGCAUUGGGUCCUUGGCAGACUGCUUCGGGCGCAAGAAAUGCUGCAUGGCCUACUGCAUUUUCCACGGUCUUGCAGGGCUUCUGAUGCACUGGAACCUUUAUCCAGUUUUGAUGCUGGGACGCAUUUGCGGGGGCAUUGGGACCGCCCUCCUCUUCUCGUGCUUCGAGUGCUGGAUGGUCUCUGAGCAUACCUUUCGGCACCGCUUCUCUUCCAACCUGCUCUCCUACACCUUUGGCCUCAAAUUUUUCUCCAUGUACUUCGUGGCGGUCCUUGCUGGCAUGGCGGCACAACUGCUGGUCGACCAGACCCCUUUGAGACCCAGCUUGGGUGGUGCGAGCUUCUAUGUGGGCGGCUACACACUGCCAUACGACCUCUCUGCAGGGCUGCUGUGCUUGGGCUUCAUUCUCAUUGCGCUACUGUGGACAGAGAACUAUGGACAGGCUUGUUCCGGUACUGCUGAGCCAGUGCAGCCGGAUGCACUUCGCUGGCUGAUCAAGGAUCCCAAGUGCAGACGUCUGUGCUUCGUCGUGGCCAUUUUCGAGGGAUCCAUGUACGUGUUUGUCUCGAACUGGACACCUGCCUUAGACGGGGAUCAAGCCGAAUCAUCGGUGCCUCAUGGCCUGAUCUUCGCGCUCUUCAUGCUUUCUGCCAGCUCGGGUGCCUCGGUGGCCACCCUGCUCCGAGCACGGCAUGGCCACACCGCUCGGCCGAAGAGGCAGCUGCGGAUUAUCCUGCUGCUUUGUGUGGUGGCAUUUGCGGUAGCUUCUCGAAGCGCGUGCGGCGCAACGGGCUGCUGUUUCAUCGCGUUUAUGACCUUUGAAUUCUGCGUCGGAUGGUACUUCCCUUGCAUUGGCCUGAUGAAGAGCGAAGCCGUUCCGGAAGCGAUCCGGGGAUCCAUGUACAACCUCUUCCGCGUCCCGCUGAACCUCUUGGUGCUUCUAUUGCUGCUGACGCGCAUGAGCAGCCAGACACGAUUUGCGAUUUGUGCAGGUUUGUUUGCCCUGGCUGUCUUAGCCACCUUCGGACUCAUCGUGCGGCAAGCCUUGGACAUCGCCGACGCCGCGCUCCACGUGGCGGAGCUCGAGGAUCCCGGGGAGGUCAUGAAGCGCUAUUGGAAGGCAGAAGAAGAGGUGUUUCGUUCUAAGUUGCGAAGCAUCGAGAAGAGCUGCCCAGACUUCCACACCGCCGUGCGCGAUGGCGACGUGGAUUUGGUGACCUGGCUCUUGGACACCGAACAGGCCAAUCCUUUGGAGAUCGACCCUGAGAAGGGCAUCCCUCCCUUGGUUCAGGCUGCCAAGGCCGGUGAUCUGGCCAUGUGCGAGCUGCUGCUGGACCAGGGCGCAGACAUCGAUGCGCGGUGCAGCACUGAUGGGACCUCUUCUCUCCAUUGGGCCUGUCAUUCUCGGACCUUCCGAGUAGUGAAGCUCCUACUGGCACGACGCGCCAAUCCACGUUUGCAAGACAAGCGCGGCCACGACGCCUUGGUCAAGCUGGUCCGACGCGACGUGUCGACGCCGGCAGAGACCUGCGCCUUGUCCUGGCACCUGCAACGGUCGCAUCGCCUGGCCGGACCUGAAGAGACGGCGGGAAAGAUGAGCAUUGAGGAUGCCAAGAUUUGUGCGGAGAACUUGCCCGAGACCGUGGGCUUCUCAGCACAUGGGGUGCUCGAGGAGGUGACUCUGGGGUCAUUCUACAUCAGUUUCCAUGGCCCUGGCCGUGCAUUCGUCGAGGAUAUCCCACCACCGGUGAAGAAAAAGAAGAAAAAGAAGGGCGAGGCCGUGGCUCCAAAGGCCGUACCUGCCGAAGCGGUAGAGGCAGCGGUCGAGGUCCCUGCCGAGGAGGUGCCGGAGACGGCGCCGGUAGAGGCGGCACCAGAGGCACCGGUGGAGGCCGGCGCCGCGGAGGAGGCAGUCCAGGACGCAUUUCCUGAGGAGAUACCUGAAGUGUUGGAGGGGGAAGCAGAAGUAGAUCAGACCGUGGAGGAGGUGGAAUCAGAGGAGGAAAGCGAUGAUGAGCCGGAGGAGUUGAUUUGGUCACACGCUGAUCCUGAGUGGACCUCGUUCCUCAAGGUCAAGAACAACGCCGCACACGACGUGAUUGCACUGCUCUCUGCCGCAGCGGAUCCUUGUGCAGAGGAUCUGGAUGGAUUGACCGCGCUGCACCACCAUCUCCUGUCAUCACCUUCACGUGGAAGCUUGGAUUGUGUGCAAGCGCUGCUACGAGGUGGUGCCGAUGUGAAUCAUCGGGACACGCACCGAUCCACCACUCCUUUCCUCCUGGCGGUGCAGAGCAAACGCACCGACCUGGUGAAAGCCAUGCUUGCGCACGCCUGGCCACCGGUCGAUGUGGACUCGCAGGCACCAGAUGGCGUGUGUGCCUUGGCACUGGCACAGAGCUUGGGUGCCAGGGAGAUUGCGGAUCUCCUCCGCAAAGCUGGUGCAUCGGACUGGGCUGGGGCUGAGCUUCACUUGGGGAGCAGGACCAUCUUCACCUAUGAUACUCGCAAGCCUCCAGUCAACAACUGA